UGAAGCGAACGAAAGAGAGCAGAGCGCGCUCACGAGUGCGGAAAGUCAGGAGGCACGGGGCUAAAGCAGGGCAGAUUACAGUGCAGUAUCUCAUAUAUAGCUAGUGUACGAAUUAAAAUGAAUAAUAAAUGAAAUACAAAAGUACCAUCAAAACAAGACGUGCGUGUUACUUUAAAAAAUAAAAAUAUAUUUAAAGUUUUGGUACAUUGCUAGCAAGUUAGCUGUCCUCACUGUCGGUGUCAUACUAAGAGCACGCCGAAUUUGUAUAAUCCGAGGCGUCAAAAUUAAAGAUAGAUUAUGUGGGGCAUAACUAAAGCGACGUUAGUUUGUUAACUAACUUUAUUCGUGGAGCUGUGAAGCCGCGAGUGUCCAGAAAAAAAGUUUUAUUUUUUGAACCCGGAAAGUUAGCUUCAGGCUAGCCGUAGGCCCGUCGCGUUCUGUGUACAACAAUCGGCGCGUGGCUUGGCUUGUCAGAAAGGGCGAAGAUGUCGGCACAGGCGCAAAUGCGGGCCAUGCUGGACCAGCUCAUGGGCACGGGAAGAGACGGGGACAGCAUGAGGCAGAGAAUCAAAUUCACAGAUGAGAGAGUGUGCAAGAGUCACCUUCUGGAGUCCUGUCCCCAUGACAUCCUGUCUGGGACGCGAAUGGAUCUGGGGGAGUGUAUGAAGGUUCACGACCUGGCCCUCCGGGCUGACUAUGAGAUCGCCUCCAAACAGCAGGAGUACUUUUUUGAGCUUGACGCUGCGGAGCACCUGCAGUCCUUCAUCGCCGACUGUGACCGGAGAACAGAGCUAGCCAAGAAGCGUCUGGCAGAAACUCAGGAAGAGAUCAGUGCGGAAGUCGCAGCUAAGGCGGAGCGAGUGCACGAGUUGAACGAGGAGAUCGGCAAACUGCUGGCCCGCGCUGAGCAGCUAGGCGGGGAGGGAAACGUGGAGGAGGCGCAGCAGGUGCUGGAGAAGGUGGAGAAGACCCGGGCCCUGAAGAGGGAGGCCGAGGAUAUAUACAGGAACUCAAUGCCUGCCUCGAGCUUCCAGCAGCAGAAGCUCCGGGUCUGUGAGGUGUGCUCUGCCUACCUGGGUCUCCAUGACAAUGACCGUCGCCUUGCCGACCAUUUCGGUGGAAAGCUUCACUUGGGCUUCAUUGAGAUCCGUGAGAAGCUCGAGAAACUGAGGAAAACAGUGUCUGAGAAGCAGAUGCAGAUGAGACUCCGGAGACGGGAAGAGCGUGACCGAGUGGAAGAGAGGGAACGCGAGUGGGAGCGGGAGAAAGAGAAGGAGCGGGACCGGGACCGUGAGAAGGAGAGAGAGAGAGAAAAGAGGAGAGAUGGCAGGAGCUCCUCUUCCCAUCACAGCCGACGCCAUCACUCCUCUUGCUCAAGGGAAGAAGGAGCUGAGAGGGAGCGAGAGAGGGAGCGGAGGCACAGGCAUAAGGACAAGGACAAGGACAAGGACAGACAUCGCUCCCGCUCACACUCGCACUCCCACCGGAGCAAGAAGAAGAGAUCUUCCAGAGACAGAUCCCCACACUUGAAGGAGAGUGAUCAGUCACCAUCACUGGAGAGAAGGAAGGAGAGGAGAGGAGAAAGGGGAGCAGAGUGGCUCAGGGAAGGCCAAGCUCUGGGCACAGAAGACUCCCCAUCCACAGAAAUGCCCAAGGGGAGAGAUUACGGUCGAGGAAGGGAGAGGUCACUGUCAUUUGAAAGAGAGAGACGAUCAAGCUCUGAAGAAAGAGAAUCGGGGGAGCUGUGAAAUCAGAGGAGGCGUACGAUAGGGGCCAUGGGGGGAGGGGGGCGUGUCGCAUACUGCAGGGGUUGUAGAUUAUUGUGGGUGAAAGACUAUUGUGAGUUUCACUGAGAGGCAAGGAAGCUGAAAGAUUGGAAAAGGGAGAGAUGAAUUAUUAGAGAAGAAUUUAAUCUGGAAGGAUGGUUUUAGUAGCUCAAAGGGGGGACAGACUACAGAGUGCUGUUAGUAUAUUUACAGAAUAAUGAAAGCAGGGUAGGCAGAAGGACUCCUGUGAUAAAAUGUACAUAAACAAAUUCUACCUAACCAGUUUUUUUUUUAAAGUCUGGGUCGUUUUUUUUUUUAUUAUGAUCAUUAUGAUUGCUGCAAUUAAACAAUUAAAGAUCUGAUCCCCUACAGACUGUUUGAAAACGAGAUCUUUACACUGAAUGAAAAUUCACCUGUAUUUAUGUUAGAUGUCAUUGUCAAUUCCGUUUUUAAGCACCAAGAGCCUAUUCUAGGGCACAAGACUGCGGUACAACUCGGACGGGGUGCCAGUAUGUAGCAUAUGGGGUAUAACUUCUAUCAGAACCAAACUGGGCUCACAAACAUUUGAUUUCAAUAAACAGAGUGGGGCAUCUUUUAUAUUGCUAUUGAUCCUGCACCAACAAAUGAGUAAACAUUUAUUUCCAUCCAUAUAACACGUAUGCUGGGAAAAAUUUAAGGGAUGGAUUUUGGAUACCCCCAAUGCAACCCAUUGAGCCACUUUACCACCAAGAAUUUUAGUUCUUUGGGAGGGUGUGACUCAUAGGUAUUCCUGUACCUAAAAAUAUGUUACAUAGACAUUUUUAACUCCGUUUUAUAUUUACAAAGAUGCAAUGGUGAUUAGGUGAUGUUUUUAACAGAUGAGAUGAUUAAAGUAUUAUUGUUAGGACAUCAGUAUAAUAUACUGACCCAAAAGCAAUAGAUGUGUGCUAUAUACUGGAAUGUAGAUAUGGGUAAAUGUGAGAAGUACAAAAUAGGUAGAGCUCGCGAAAAUCGGCAUUUUAUUUCUUCGCUUAAACAAUAAAAUGUAAAAUCACCAAAUAUUUAUACAACUAGCCAUCUAUUGGGAGAGUUCAUCAAUAUCCUAAAUCACAUUUCAUUUUCAUUAAUUGCUCCACAAAGCAUUAUUGGACGCCGGACGUUAUAGGGCAAGAUUUAUCUUGGUCGACUGGAGACAAAUACUAAAAGGAGUGAGUCAUUCAAAAGAAAUUAAUUAUAAAUGUAUACAAUAACAGUUCAAUGGACAUAUAUUUCCGACAAAGAUUAGGCCAGAAUAUGCAAAUGUAUCUAUAUACAGUUUUAUCCUCGUGUUAUAUUGUUCACUGAAAUUACAGUAAAUUUGAGAUGUAAGUUCUA